UCGGGUGGGAACUUCUCCAUUUCCACACCAACAGUCAUCUGCUAAAAUAUAGUGCCCCUGAAGAACACGUUGGAAGACUUUAAUACAUACUCUGUCGUGGCAAAGCAUACUUCACCCAGUACCUUGGUGGAAUCUGCAAGUUGGAUGAACAGUCAACACUUAUGAGAUUUUUACACACAAAUUAGACCUGUGACUUUCUCGAAAAGAAAAGUAAAUUGCUUUAACUUUCCAUGGGGAUAUUUCAAUAUCUCAAAAUCAAAGAGAAAAUGGUCAAACCAACAUCAGCUUCAGCACUAAUUUUACUGUGCUUCCUCUUUCUACUCAAAAUUGUUGUACCGCUCACACGCAGCUGGAUUCCCAGAAGCCUCCCAUGUGAUGUGAGUAUACAGAAUAAUGGCUACUCAAUUCAAGUAGACUGCAGAAACAGCCGGCUUCGAAGCAUACCAGCAAACAUUCCUGCAAAUGCAACAAGUCUAAAUCUGGCAAAUAAUCAGAUUUCAAAUAUUUCCAGUUACCAGUUCUCCAACUUACAAAACCUGACCAAACUAGAUUUGAGUCAGAACGUUUCACCUGGGAAGAACAUGAAUAUUGCAGAGGACAGCUUCUCCUCUCUGAUAAAACUGCAAGAAUUAUACCUGGAUCAAAACCACCUUAAACGAAUCCCAAAGAAACUCUCAUUUAGUUUACAACUGCUCAGCCUCAAAGGCAAUAAGAUUCUAAAUAUAACAAAAGAGGACCUACCCAAUUUGUCAAACAUAGAAACACUUCACUUGUCGCAAAAUUGUUACUAUCACAAUCCCUGCAAGGUGUCCAACUAUAUACAUGAUGGGGCAUUUUCAAGUGGCAACAAACUGAAAAAUCUAUCACUUGGCUCAAAUAAUUUAACUUCUGUUCCUCGAAACUUGCCAGAAACACUAAGUUCAUUAUAUCUCAAUAAAAACAAGAUUCAAAUUAUAAACCAUGAUCAUUUUGAACGUCUGAUUGAUCUGGAAUUCCUUGACUUAUCUGAAAACUGCCCCAGAUGUUUUAAUGCUCCUUUCCCAUGUGAACGCUGCCCUGGAGAUAGUUCCAUUCACAUCCAUCCAGAUGCUUUUCAAAGGCUUCCAAAGUUACAGACAUUAAUUCUUUCCAGCAACAGCCUCCGUAAAAUACAAAGUAGCUGGUUUCAGAAUUGUACAAGCUUGAAGGUUUUAUAUCUUCAAAUGAAUUUCUUGAUUGAUGAAAUUGCUACUGGAGACUUUUUAAACCACCUACCCAGGCUAGAAAAAAUUGACUUAUCAUUCAACUAUAAAAUAACUCAUUAUUUCAAAAAUAUCAAUCUUUCAAAAAAUUUUUCUAAAUUAGUCUCUUUGACAGAAUUAAAUAUUAAAGGUUAUGUUUUCAAAGAACUCGAUUACCAGGAUCUAAAACCAUUGCGCCAUCUCCACAAUCUUACCGUUCUCAAUCUUGGAACAAAUUUCAUUAAACAGGCAAACUUAACAAUCUUCAAAAACAUCAAAUCGCUAAAGAUAAUAGAUCUUUCAGAAAAUAGAAUAUCACCUCCAUCAGUCAACAGAAAUCUUCUACAUGAUUCUACAUAUAAAGGUAAAUCUCUCCCAUAUGUGGAAUCAAGUUUACAAAAAUCAAAUUUACUACCUUGGGAUAGCCACCUUGGACAUGAAUCUCUUAAUAAUGAUGAUGACUAUAUCUUUGGGCCAAACAUGAAGAGGGAUUGUCAUUCGUAUGGGAUGACUUUGGAUUUGAGUUUGAAUAGUAUUUUCUUCAUCAGCCCAAAGCAGUUCAAAGGCCUUGAGAAAAUAAGGUGCCUGAAUUUGUCAUCAAAUGCAAUUGGGCAAGCUUUAAAUGGGACUGAGUUUGCAUCCUUGUCGAAUUUGAAAUAUUUAGAUCUUUCUCAUAAUCGACUUGAUCCAGCUUAUGAUAACGCUUUUAAAGAACUGUGGCAACUGGAAGUGUUGGACUUAAGCUACAACCCGCACUAUUUUGUUGUUGAGGGUGUGACACAUAAAAUGGGAUUUAUUGAAAACCUUAAAUAUUUGAAAAAGUUAAAUUUAGGCUACAAUGCCAUCUUCACCCUAACAGAAAAAGGAUUGAACAGUACCUCUUUGGAAGUUUUGAAAUUCCAUGGAAAUCGGCUGGAUAUUUUGUGGAAAAGGGAGGAUUAUAGAUAUAUAAGCUUAUUUAAAAAUCUAAUAAACUUGACCCAUCUCGAUUUAUCAUACAACAAACUUGAGUGCAUCCCAUCUGAAAUUUAUGAAAAUUUACCAUAUAAUUUAUCAUACUUGUCUUUGAGUCACAACAAAUUAAGAAAGUUUAGUUGGCCACCACUUCGCUUUUUGAAGAACCUGCUGACUUUAGACCUGAGCUACAAUUACUUAACUAUUGCCCCUGAUAGGCUGUACAAUAGCACCAAGUCCCUCCAAAAACUGUUGCUGAAACAAAAUAGAAUCUCUCAACUCCCCAUAAGCUUCCUUACAUCAGCAAACAGAGUUAAGUAUCUUGAUUUAAGUUAUAAUAAAAUUCAUAUGUUACAGCAGACAGUUUUUCCAAGAAGUGAACAACUUUUCCUGGAAGUUCUGGUUUUAAAAGGGAACCCGUUUUAUUGCAUUUGUGAACUUGUGCCAUUUAUUGCCUGGAUUAAUACAUGUGAUCUGGACAUUCCUCAGCUGGCCACUGAUGUUACCUGUGGAUCACCUGAAAGUCAACGAGGACAGAGCAUUAUUCUCCUUGAUCGGCACACAUGUGCAAUGGAUGAUGUUGCAGCUUCACUAAGUUUGGCUUCUGCCAUCAUCAUUUUUUGCACAACGUUUAUAGCAGUGACCCAUCAUUUGUUUUACUGGGAUGUAUGGUACUUGUACAAUUUCUGUGCUUCUAGGUUGAAACAGUAUCAGUAUCACACGUUUAAAGUGCAGAGCUGCUCCUACGAUGCGUUUGUUGCUUAUGACACUUCAGAUCUUGCUGUGACAGACUGGAUUGUCAAUGAAUUAUUGGUUCAUUUGGAAGAUAAAGAUGAAAGGCAACUUUGCCUCUGUUUGGAAGAGAGAGAUUGGGAAUUAGGAAUGCCUGUUGUUGAGAAUCUUUCUCAAAGCAUACACAAGAGCAAAAAGACUGUGUUCGUGCUUACAAGGAGGUAUGUCAAGAGUGGAAGUUUCAAAACAGCCUUUUAUAUGGCUCACCAAAGAUUAAUGGAUAAAAAUGAAGAUGUAAUUGUGCUGAUCCUAUUGGAACCUGUUUUAAUAAACUCAAAGUAUCUGAAAUUAAGGAAGCGGUUAUGUCGCAGCUCAGUGUUAUAUUGGCCUAAAAAUCCUAAUUCUGAAGACUUUUUCUGGCAUUGCUUAAGAAAUGCAAUAGCAGCAAACAAUAACUCAAAAUACAAUACAAUUGCAGAAUUCAGUUGAAUCCAAUUAAGCCAUUUUUAUUUGCAUGAUGCCCAAUACAUAAUCAGGUAGGCUACAAAUUCCAAUGUAUUUUCUUGGCCAUUCAUCCUCAAGUAUGUCUUGACCACUUAAGCUUUCAUGGUCAAGUUAUUAUGGAACUAAGCUAAACUGAAGACAAAGAAUAAGUCUAAAAUUCUCAUCUCCCUUUUUGAUAAUAAACUGUCAAUUUUUUUCCUCUAGCUGCUACUGUCAUUCGGAGGUGCUCAGGAACUUCUUUCAAUGUGCUUAAAAUUAAAACAUUUCUCUCCCAUGUGCACUGCCCAAACCACUUCUCCAUCUGAUCACUCAUGAUGUGCAUAUUGCACAUUUUGACACUCACCCACCCACCAUCACAAAAUAUAUAUAUUGUCCUUUAAGAUUACCAGCUAAUUCCUCUUCACUUCAACUCUAAACUUCUCAUUUUCAGUACCAUGCCUGUAACAUCAGUAACUUCACACUUUUGAUUUAAAUGUCCUUCCAGAUCUUCCAUCUUCAAAUUACAAUUCACAUUACCAAACAUUGCCCACCUGCAUUAUUCACCUUCACUCUAAAUUAAUGUCACUGCAUCAUCAAUUCCACCUUCUUCAACUUGCCUCUGUUUCUCUCCUGGUUCUUUCACAUCUGUUGUGUCAUUGACACUACUUCAUAUUAGGUGACCUCUUCUCUCCUGGCUGCAUUUUCAUUUAUAGUAUCCUUGCUAUCCUCUUUAUCAUUUGCAUCCGGAUUCUUAAAGACAUCAAUGGAAGCAUGAAAUCAGUUUCCACAUGUAUGCCAGAGAUGCUUGUAAUUCCAUAUUUACUCUUUCCAUCAAUGAUACCGCUUUGUCCAGCAACUAUCCUGCACAAAAUUCUGAAUGAGCCAUAACUAGCAGCAGUUUGAUGUCAGCAGCAGUAAAACUAAAGAGAUUAUAUAGACAUUCCAAAACAGCUAUGAUUCACGUUGAUUCCAUUGAUCACCCCAGCAUCCACCAUAGACCUAAUCUUAGCGUAUAGGAUUUUAUUUUGGAUACUAUUUGCAGCUCCCUCUUCCACAUCCCAAUGUAAGUAAGACUGCUAUCUUUCCUUCUUCAAAUUAGUCGCCCAUUUCUGCUCCUGCCAGUCAAUAAAAUUUAAGUUCCUAACUUUGUCAUCUUCACCCUAGGUUCUUCCAACACACUUCUUGCUGUCCUUUAUGCCUUCCCAUCUCAUACACUUUGUCACUUCUUUUCAAUAGGUGUCUCUGGCCCAUGUCCCCACUCUUUAAUAGUUAACAAUAGAGGAAACAAUAUAAUUACUAAUACACUAUAAUGGUCAUCAACACUUUUAAACUAUGGCUAUUAUUCUGUAAGAUGAGGCAAAAUUAUAUUCAUAAUGCGUUGCUAAUUUAAAAUAGUUAGGUAUGCACUGCUUCUGAAAAUACAUCCAUUCUUUUGUUUAAGAAAAGUGUUCUGUUUAUUAUUUACAGCAAGGUCACUGUGCUGCUUUAUUUACUUGAUGUUGCCUUAAUAAACUACUUUUGCCUUUU